AUGUUGCCCGAAGUCUGCAGUUUUGUGAACAGGGUCUUGCGGGAUCUGAACGAUGUGACCCCGGAUAAUCGCGAGGAAAAGGAAACAGGGAUUUUGCGGCAAGCACUGGAGCUGGCUAGCCAGAGGAUGGAAUCCUAUCAUACCAAGAUGCGAUCUCACCUCGCUGAAUGUAAAAGGGAUAUGGAUGUGAUUUUCAAAGACCACGGAGUCCUUACCUGGAUCCGAGAUAUCGAAGGCGAAACCGAUCCUUAUCGCCUGUCUACAAUAUGCUACGAUGGCCGCGAGAGAGAACUCGAGGAGGUGAGGAGCAAAGCGAUAGGCAAUGUACCGAUGGCUCAGGUCGCGCACUAUAUCGGAAGGCUCGGGGCACAUCGGUAUGCCGUCUCGAUGAUUAUCACGGCGUGCAUACAGGUGCCAGUUCUGCGGCGGAUAGUACGGGCCGUAUUCCUCCCCUCUGCUGAUGCCCGACCGGUUAUUCUCCCACCGGAAGCGGCGAACUUCUACAAGACCUGCAAGCUUAUUUGCAAGAACCAAUGUCUCCCACCACAUCAAGGCCAGAGCCUCAAUAUACACCUGUGCAGUAGAGAUAUCGCAGAAGAUUAUGCCUUGUCAAACAAAUUCGAGCAGCUUAAAGACGUACUCACUCGUGUCCACGCCGAGCUACUUAUUGUGGACUUCUUCAGCCGGAAGAAGCUCAAGUUUGUCGACAACGACAGGUACGUGGGAUGUAGCAAGCCAGCGUGCUACUUUUGCCAUAAAUGGAUCUCAUUGCACCCUGAUGGAUAUGAGACUCCUGCGGCGCACAAUCAAGUGAUUCUUGGCUGUCGCGGACCGGACGUCGAUGCGGGGGAGGAUCGCAUGGGGAAUGGGGCGAGGGUUCGUAGGAGCCAGUACAUCCGGCUUGCUAGGGAGAUCAUUCGCGACAUUAACCACCAGGUUGGCAUCAGACCUGGGGUCGGCCUGCCCCACCAUCAAUCCAGUAAUGGAUCCACGCGAGCUCCUAGUACGGUGUCGAGGCUGUAG